UUUCUCCUGUCCUUUUAGUUUCUGUUUUUAUGCAGGAUCCGGGUGCCACGGGGGGAUCUGGCCUUCAGGGCAGGAGGCUGCAGCGCAGGUCAUAGGGGGCCCAGACGCAGGCAGUGGGAUCCCCCUCCACAGUGUUGCUCUUGGGCCCUCCAUCGGGAGCCCCAUACAGCACCUGCCAUGAGGAGUGGUGCUGGGGACCCUGGAUGGGAGCUGUGUGUGGGGCUACACCUCAGCCCCUGUGAUGGUGUCUCUGGAAGCUGGAGGCGGUCAGCCUGUAUGCUUGAGUCCUGCAGAGGGAAUUGAGGGGCGGAGAUUUGUCUGCGAGGCCUCUGGCAGGGGUCGGCCUUACGGUGCACCACCAGGGUCUUAGGCUUGGCUGAGUGGCCCCUCCUGGCCUGGCAGGCAGUCGUCUCUGCCCAUGCCUGCCACGCUGCUGGGCUGGUGGUGGCUGGCUCCUGUCCUGGUUAGCCUGAUGUCAGCUGCACGUUGGGGUCAGCGCCUGUGCUGUGUCUUCAUGCCAGAGCAGGGGUCAGGUGUGGGUGGCUCAGUGACACCCUCCCGAGGGCUGGGCAAUCGUGUGCACUCCCAGCACCCUCUACCUUGCAGGGCUGCGUUCCUGGAAGGCUUGGCCCCCUCAGGUGCCCCCUGCCCCUGUGCAUUCAGCCAUCAGGGUUCAUGCCCUCAGCUUCCCGCCAGGCCCUGGUCGUAGCCGUCAGGAAGAGCUGAGCCGUGCUUUUGGGAGAAUCGAGGGAAUGUCGCUGGGAUGCACCAAGGGUCGGAGGUGGAGCUGGCGUGGCCCAGGGCAGGCAGUACCAGGCCGGUUGCUGGAAAGCCAGCAGCUCCUCUCCCGGUGGCUCCUGGGAAGUUCCACAUCCUUGCCUGGUCACAGAGGCCCGGGAAUCGGUGACAUGAGAUAGAAGCUUCCAGAACAGGAGGCAGAGCCCUUCCGCAGUUUCCCUGCCCACAGCACACACCCUGUGCCCUCCACCCCCUGGUUUUUGAACACUGGGGACAUCUGGGUGCGGCUAGAGCCUGUGGGGGUGGCCGCAGCCCCGGGGGGCUGUUCCCAAGAGUCAGCCUAGGGGCCACUGGGGCCUGGCCUCGGGCCUGGCACUGCGACCUCGGGGUGAGCACCCCUCGUGUGUGCGGCAGGAGCCGGGGCCCCUGGCUGGCAGCAGGCUCCCGAGUCCAGUAAGACUUUGACCCCGACGCAGGCUUCAGUGAUUGCCGUGGAUCAGAAGCCUGAGCGCUUUGGCUCAAGACAAUUAAGGACGUGGGAUGAGGCUCCGAGACAGGACGCGGUUCUGCCUGGGGAUCCUGAAGAUAAAAAGCUUUGAAAAGUCGAAUUCAUGGUCGUGGAAGCUGAGGCCAUAUUAAGAGAUGUCAGGCGUCCGACCUCCAAUCAUGAACGGGCCCCUGCACCCGCGGCCCCUGGUGGCGCUGCUGGACGGCCGGGACUGCACAGUGGAGAUGCCCAUCCUGAAGGACGUGGCCACUGUGGCCUUCUGCGACGCGCAGUCCACGCAGGAGAUCCACGAGAAGGUCCUGAACGAGGCCGUGGGGGCCCUGAUGUACCACACCAUCACACUCACCAGGGAGGACCUGGAGAAGUUCAAAGCCCUCCGCAUCAUCGUCCGGAUCGGCAGUGGUUUUGACAACAUUGACAUCAAGUCGGCUGGGGAUUUAGGCAUCGCUGUCUGCAACGUGCCUGCGGCGUCUGUGGAGGAGACGGCCGACUCGACGCUGUGCCACAUCCUGAACCUGUACCGGCGGGCCACCUGGCUGCACCAGGCAUUGCGGGAGGGCACGCGAGUCCAGAGCGUCGAGCAGAUCCGCGAGGUGGCGUCCGGCGCCGCCAGGAUCCGUGGGGAGACCUUGGGCAUCAUCGGACUCGGUCGCGUGGGGCAGGCGGUGGCGCUGCGGGCCAAGGCCUUCGGCUUCAACGUGCUCUUCUACGACCCUUACCUGUCGGACGGCGUGGAGCGGGCGCUGGGGCUGCAGCGGGUCAGCACCCUGCAGGACCUGCUUUUCCACAGCGACUGCGUGAGCCUGCACUGCGGCCUCAACGAGCACAACCACCACCUCAUCAACGACUUCACCGUCAAGCAGAUGAGACAAGGGGCCUUCCUGGUGAACACGGCCCGGGGCGGCCUGGUGGACGAGAAGGCACUGGCCCAGGCCCUGAAGGAGGGCCGGAUCCGCGGCGCGGCCCUGGACGUGCACGAGUCGGAACCCUUCAGGUGCCCUCACAGCCAGUGUCACCCCCUGCUCUUCCCUGCCCACCAUCCUGCCGGCCUUGACCUGCAGAUGGCGCCUCCGCCAGGCCGGGCACUUACUUGUACUCAGGCCUCUCGCUGGCUGGCACAGGGGAGUUUGCUGCUCACUGUGGGCUUUAGCCAGGGCCCCCUGAAGGAUGCACCCAAUCUUAUCUGCACCCCCCACGCUGCGUGGUACAGCGAGCAGGCGUCCAUCGAGAUGCGAGAGGAGGCGGCACGGGAGAUCCGCAGAGCCAUCACAGGCCGGAUCCCAGACAGCCUGAAGAACUGUGUCAACAAGGACCAUCUGACGGCAGCCACCCACUGGGCCAGCAUGGACCCCGCUGUCGUGCACCCUGAGCUCAACGGGGCCGCCUAUAGGUACCCUCCAGGCGUGGUGGGCGUGGCCCCCACUGGCAUCCCAGCUGCUGUGGAAGGUAUCGUCCCCAGCGCCAUGUCCCUGUCCCAUGGCCUGCCCCCUGUGGCCCACCCACCCCAUGCCCCUUCUCCUGGCCAAACCGUCAAGCCCGAGGCAGAUAGAGACCACGCCAGUGACCAGUUGUAGCCCGGGAGGAGCUCUCCAGCCUCAGCGCCUGGGCAGAGGGCCUGGAAACCCUCGGACCAGAGUGUGUGGAGGAGGUGCCUGUGUGGCGGCCCUGGCACUGCAGAGACUGGUCCGGGCUGUCAGGAGGCGGGAGGGGGCAGCGCUGGGCCUCGUGUCGCUUGUCGUCCGUCCUGGGGGCGCUCUGCCCCGUGUCCUUCGCGUUCCUCGUUAAGCAGAAGAAGUCAGUAGUUACUCUCCCACGAACCUUCUUGUCUGUGUACAGUUUUUAGAACAUCACAAAGGAUCUGUUUGCUUCGCUGUCAACAAAAAGAAAACCUGAAGGAGCAUUCGGAAGUCAAUUUGAGGGUUUUUUUUUUUGGUUUUUUUUUUUUCUUUUUUUUGUAUGUUGGAACGUGCCCCAGAAUGAGGCAGUUGGCAAACUUCUCAGGACAAUGAAUCCUUCCCGUUUUUCUUUUUAUGCCACACAGUGCAUUGUUUUUUCUACCUGCUUGUCUUAUUUUUAGAAUAAUUUAGAAAAACAAAACAAAGCUGUUUUUCCUAAUUUUGGCAUGAACCCCCCCUUGUUCCAAAUGAAGACGGCAUCACGAAGCAGCUCCAAAAGGAAAAGCUUGGGCGGUGCCCAGUGUGCCCGCUGCCCAUCGACAUCUGUCCUGGGGAUGUGGAGGGUGGCAGCGUCCCCGCCUGCACCGGUGCCGUCCUGCUGAUGUGGUAGGCUAGCAAUAUUUUGGUUAAAAUCAUGUUUGUGACUGUAACCAUUUGUAUGAAUUAUUUUAAAGAAAUAAAAAUCCCGGAAAGAGCCA